UAGCUCGCAUACACGACAGUUUUGAAUUUAGUUAUAGAGUGAAUAGUUCACAUUCCUAUUCACAAUGGUCGGAUUCAGUGCUGUAUUUGUCUUUUUCGCUUACUUGUAUAUGAGCAAAGUAUUAGAAUGUGAUUCUACAUCGAGAAUUCGAUGUCCGACCAUACAGCUGGACAACGGUCGAGUGAAAUUGCGAUCUUCCGGACGAGUAGCAAGGAUUAGUUGUCUGUCGCCGUUCAAGCUGGUUCGUGGUAACGAGAUAGCGACUUGUGUUCGAGGACAAUGGGACACCGAGAAUCCAAUUUGCGCCAGAGAAGGUUGUCCUAUUCAAGAGCUAAUACCACACGGAAGAUUGGAUAUUCUUAAUCAAGGUGCUAAAUUGGAAGUGAUAUGCGAUUUUGGAUAUAAAAUAGAUGGCCCAAGUUAUGUUUAUUGCAAUGAAGAUUUGGAAUGGAAUGAAGAAUUAAAAGGAUGUAAAGAGCAUGAUCAAAUAUAUUUAUCCUGUGACUUCGAAUCGUCAGAUGACAGAUUUUGUGGUUGGAAAAACGAUAUUAUUAACGACGUUGAUUGGUUGGCUGAUAAAAUGUCAUUCAUUUUAUUUAUUAGCAGGCGCCACGUACCUCCCGGAUCUUCUGAAUAUUUUAAAAGUAAUUAUAUAUCAUUGGAUGCCGGAAAUUAUGGUUCCAAUACUUUCGGCCGUUUGUUAUCCCCGCCAAUUAGUUCAAUUAAAAGUAAACAAAGGUGUUUAAUAUUUGCAUAUAAAGUUAUGUCAGGAAGUUCAAGCGGUUUUCCUAUUCUAAAAGUUACUUUUGGUGGCAUACCUCACUGGGAAACUCACGAAGGAGAAGGAAGAGCUAUAAUUGGGUUGUAUCAAUUAAAUACUACUUCUAGAAUCACAAUUGAAGGGAAGAGUUGUAAAGCAGCCAUUGAUAAUAUAAUCAUUACAGAAGGUGAUAGUUGUAAUAAUCUUCCGUAUGAAGAAGAGAUAAACAGUUGUCAUGAUAAUUGUGGAAAAAUAACGAGUGGUAGGUGUUCGUGCGAUUGGGAAUGUUUUAAUAACCAAAACUGCUGCUCAGACAUUGAAAUCAAAUGUCCGUAUAUCAAACCAAUGGACAAUAUCACAAGAUUUUAUUUAACUACUGUUACACCAACCACGCUGACUACUACAACAAAAAAUAAAAUAUCAAAUGUAACUAUUUUAAACAUAACGACUUCUAGUUCUUUAAUAACAACUACCAAAAACUGGCAUAACGAUACAAUAAUAAUUGAUAAAGUCACCACAGCAAGUAAUAUUAAAUCUUUGAACGUUACAUCUACACUUGCAUCCGUGUCUAUGACGAAUUUAACAACGAUACCUAUAACCAUAUUAAUUCCAUCCAUUACAACAUCAACUGAAAGUCCCAAAAGUGCUAUGGUUUCUAAUUCUACUAUAUCUCAUUCUAUUCACCCCAAUACAAUAACUACAAGUUUGAGUCCUAAAGUGUCAACAGAUCUUCCAAGUAUAAUGGUGAAUAAUCAAAGCAAUUCCUCAAAAAUAAUCAAUACAUCUUCAACAAUUUUAACCCCUAAUAUUUCUAGUUCAACAAUACAACCAUUAAUAAAAAACAAAACUAUAUCUAUAACUACCUUAUUACCUAAUGUUACUAGUUCAGUUAUUUCCAAACCAGAUAAACUUAAUCCUACCAUAAGAGUGAUUUCUAUUCCUAAUACUAUAAUAACUAAGUCCGUGGUUGAAAAUUCUCCUUUAAUAACUACAAUUUCUGUUAAUUCUUCUAACUCAACCGCUAAACCAUUUUUAAAAUUUCCAAUAGUUUCUACUAUAAAACAAAUCAAUUUAUUUAACACAACCAAUAAAUAUUUGGAUAAUAAAAUGGACAAUUCGACAUCCACUUCGAUAUUAAUGAAUAAUUCUACUAAGUUAUCAGUAAAACCAAAUAUACCAAACAAUGUUGAACAGUCGAGUAAUAAACUACUUAACACUCAACAGAUCAAACAAAAUACCACGAUUAAUGAAAAUAAAACCAUGUUAAAUAAUUCAAUGACUAGCAAACCGAAUACUUUUGCAUAUAUAAAUGACUCCAUUGUUCCUGAUAAAAAUAUGGUCAUCUUCGAUAUUUCUCGUCCAAAUCCCAAUCUAAAACAAUUCGAAUAUAACCGUACUUUAAACAAUAAACAUGUCCUUAACAUAACAACCGAGUCUUAUAACCAUUUGGAUUUGAGGAAUACUAGUAUACCAAUUCAAAAUGAAGAGCCAAUAAUAGUUUUAAAAGCUAACGAGAAAUCAGAAUUGAACAAUUUGGUUCAUAAUCAUUCUAUGCAAAAGUUUGAUAAUCAGUUGGCAGAACAUGCAAAACAAAAUGAAAAUGAGAAAUCUUUUACAUUUGAUACAAUUACUAUUGUCAAAUACAUCGCUGUCUUAAGUGUCGUACUUCUCACUUUCAAGUUCACUUUAUCCUUUAUAAUGUUGCGUUUCAAUAAAAGACCUUUAAAUGAUGAAAUGGAUGAGCGCUUCAUUGAAACGGAUACUGAAAGUUCUUGUAACAUGGAAUUGAUGAAUAGUCACAAAAGAAAUGAAUAAUCUAUGUUUAAGUUUAUUUUUUAAUUAUUUUGAUACAUCAUGAUAAGGUUUAUCUCAUAUUAUUCGUGUUUAAUAUUUUGACUAAAUUAAAUGUAUGCGUAAAUUAA